AUGAACGAGAAUUGUAAUGUCCAUUAUUUUGUAUUUUAUAUCUGUCAUCUAAAGAUUCAGUUGACCACAAUCCAGCACAUAAGACGACGAGUGCUUCAAUUUUUUAUGUUGAGCACUGCAGCAACAUGCUGCUUGCUUGUUUGCUUCAAUAAACCAGUACUUAUUUACGUUUUCGUUUCAGGAAUACCAACAUUGAUAAGUGAGAUUUUGCUUGUAAAUGUUGGAGAGUGGGACGAAAAGCUUUGUAAGAUUAAAGCUCAUCAUGCUUCGGGUGAUGAAAGUUAUGGUAGCAUUUCAAAUUUAAUCUAA